AUGUUCAAGGAUGUGGUUGUGGACUUCACCCGGGAGGAGUGGGGCUACCUGGACACUUCCCAGAAGGAGCUCUACUGGGAGGUGAUGCUUGAGAACUACAGGAACCUGGUCAGCCUGGGCCUUGCAGAUUCCAGCAUGGAUGUGAUCUCUCAGCUGGAGUCAGGGCAAGCCCAUGGGGUUCCAAUGGAUAGUGUCCUAAGAAUCUGCUGGUCAGAUUGGGGCGCCGUGCGUCAUACCGAUGAGUCAACUCCAAAGCCGAGUGUUUCUGUGGAAGACUUGUCCCAGCAAAGGUUCUUGUGGGAUGACCCAGGUGGAAAGGCAUUCUCUCGGACGUCUGGUCUUACCAAGCACAGUAGUGUUCAUACUGGAGAGAAACCAUACGAAUGCACUGAGUGUGGAAUGAUCUUUUGCCAGAACAUUCAUACUGGAGAGAAACCUUUUAAAUGCAGUGAUUGUGGGAAAGCCUUUCCUAGGAGCGCAACACUGACUCGACAUCAGAGAACUCAUAUGAGAGAGAAAUCAUUUGAGUGCAAUGAAUGUGGAAAGACCUUCCUCCGGAAAGCAGGUGGGGGUCUCUCGUCGGGAGGCCGGACUGGGGAGAAGGAAGUGUUCCUGGAGGCAUCACUCGCAAAGCCAAAGGCGCGACGAGGUGGGAGGGCCCUGGACAGCCUAGCAGCAGCUUUGACCCCGGGGUCAGCGCCAGCCAGAAAGGGCCCCUCGGCAUCUAGGCGCCUGCUGGGGUUUCUCCUGGAUCGCCCGGGGCAGCCCUGGGCCCAUUUCCCGGAGCCAGAGACAGAGGCUGAGGAGCCGUGGCUGAGGGACGCACUGCGCAGAAGCGGAAACGUUCUCGCGCUCCAGUACUUCAGCGUACGGGCAGCGUUUGUAGCUUUUGGUCCUUCCGCGGCGGCAGCGCCUCUUCUGUGUCUGGGAGGAGCUCAACCCUGUGGGACUCCAGAGGCCUGGGUGCAGAUCAGAAUGGGGAGCAGAAAGGAGCGCAGAAUAGGCCCCAUAUUACUCACCAGCAGACCCCCCCAGGAAUCAGUAAUGUUCAAGGAUGUGGUUGUGGACUUCACCCGGGAGGAGUGGGGCUACCUGGACACUUCCCAGAAGGAGCUCUACUGGGAGGUGAUGCUUGAGAACUACAGGAACCUGGUCAGCCUGGGCCUUGCAGAUUCCAACGUGGAUGUGAUCUCUCAGCUGGAGUCAGGGCAAGCCCAUGGGGUUCCAAUGGAUAGUGUCCUAAGAAUCUGCUGGUCAGAUCAAGGUGCCAUGCCUCAUACCAAGAAGUCAACUGUAAAUAUGAGUGUUUCUGUGGAAGACUUAUCCCAGCAGAGGUCCUUGUGGAAUGACCCUUGCAUUUCCAAGAUGAGAAAAGCUUGGAAGUAUUAUGGCAGGUUAAAGAAAGAGCAAAACAAUGAGGAGAAACAUUUUAGAAAAGGAAAAGUAACCCAAACAGGACUUCCCAAUGAAAUGAGAGCCUCUGAAUAUAGUAAAUCCAACCAAACCUCUAUCCCAGAGCUAGUCAGUUUUGUACAACAAGGAGUAUCUAUAGUAAUGAAACUCCAUAAAAGUGAUAGUCAGAGAAAUACCUUCACCAUGUCUUCAGACCUAAGGCAAUGUAAUCAAAUCUGUUGGCAGAAGAAAUAUUCUGAUGUUAACAAAUGUGAGAAAGCCUUCAGUUAUGAUUUUGACCGAAUUAAAAAAUAUGGAAUUCAUGCUGAAGAGAAACUUCAUGAAAGUAGGAAUUGUUUUCUCCCAAAUAAUGAACUUAGUGUGCACCAGAGAACUGAUACGGCAAAAAAUUGUCUUGAGUUGACUAAAUGUGGGAAUACAGAUCUUAAUCAACAUUCUAGUAUUCAAGAUAAAAACAAAUUUUAUAAAUGCCGUGAAUGUGGAAAGGGCUUCCAGCGUAAGGUAAGUCUUACACAACACUACAUAUUUCAUUCUACAGAGAAACCUUUUGAAUGCAAUGAAUGUGGAAGGGCCUUCCACCGAAAGUCAGAUCUCUUAAGACAUUAUAGGAUUCAUACUGGAGAGAAACUUUUUAAAUGUAAUGAUUGUGGGAAAACUUUUUUCUGGAACUCAGGACUGAUUCAGCAUCGGAGAAUUCACACCGGAGAGAAACCCUAUGAAUGCAACGAAUGUGGGAAGACAUUCCGACAAAGCUAUGCACUUUCUCUGCACCAGGCAACUCAUUCAGGAAUAAAGCUUCACGAAUGCAAUGUUUGUGGGAAGACAUUCUCUCACAAGUUCAUUCUUACUAAUCACAGUAUUAUUCAUAGCGAAAAGAAACCCUAUGAAUGCAAUGAAUGUGGGAAAACAUUUGGAAAAAAGUCAUCCCUUAAACAACAUCACAACAUUCAUACAGGAGAGAAACCUUAUAAGUGCAGUGAUUGUGGGAAAGCUUUUUUCUGGAGUACAGCACUGACUCAUCAUCAGAGAAUUCAUACAGGGGAGAAACCCUAUGAAUGCAACAAAUGUGGGAAGACAUUUCGAGCACGCUCUAGCCUUUCUCAGCACGAAAGAAUGCAUACAGGGAUAAAACCUCAUGAAUGCAGUGUUUGUGGGAAGUCAUUCUCUCAGAAGUUCCUUCUCACUUAUCACAGUCUCAUUCAUAGUGGGGAGAAACCUCAUGAAUGCAAUGUAUGUGGAAAGGCAUUCUCUUGGAAGUCGGGUCUUAGAAAACACAGUAGUAUUCAUACUGGAGAGAAACCAUAUGAAUGCACUGAAUGUGGAAAGAUCUUUAGCCGGAAGUCAAUUCUUACACAACACCGCAAAAUUCAUACUGGAGAGAAACCUUUUAAAUGCAGUUAUUGUGGGAAAGCUUUUUCCUGGAGCACAACACUGACUCAACAUCAGAGAAUUCACACUGGAGAAAAACCCUAUGAAUGUCAUAAAUGUGGGAAGACAUUCCGAUCAAAUUCUAACCUUUCUAAGCACCAGAAAACUCAUACAGGAAUGAAACCUCAUCAAUGCAGUGUAUGUAGGAAGGCAUUCGCUCAAAAGUCAGCUCUUACACAACACUACAGCAUUCAUACUGGAGAGAAACCUUUUAAAUGUAGUGAUUGUGGGAAGGCCUUUCCCAGGAGCACAGUGCUGACUCGACAUCAAAAGACUCAUACUACAGAUAAAUCUUGUGUGUGUAAUGAGUGUGGAAAGACCUUACUCCGGAAAUCAGGUCUUUCAUCACAUAAAAAAAUGCAUGCUAGAGAGAAAUCUUAGGAAUGUAAUGAAUGUGGGAAGACAUUCCUUCAGAUUAUAAUAUUUACUCAACCUUAUAGAAUUUAUGAUGGAGAGAAAUCUAAGGAACUAAUAAACUCAUGGAAGCCAUAUUUUUGGAAGAAACUCUUCACAAAUUUACUUGAUAUUGGACAGAAAUCAUAAAAAUAUAGUGCAUGUGGAAAGCCCUUCACUUGAUAGUGAUGAUUCAUUUCUCUUCAAUACAGGAGUCACUGGCUAGAGAGACAGAGGAGGCUAUGCUUUCAUAAGUAACCAUUGUAUUCUCUUAUUUUCUGUGAUAAUAUAUGUUAAAAGGAAUUUCUUUAUUGGGAAGGAGAGAGUCAGUAGUGCAUGACAGCAGUAUGUUCAGAAACAAAGACUAUCAAUAAAAGAAAAACUUUAGUCUUUUAGCCAGAGUACAGAACUUCCUAAAUAUCCUUCUGCUCCCAAAGUGAAAGAUACAGUGGAGACAAUAAUAUAGUAAAGAAGGUGAAAUUAGAACAGUUGGGUGGCUGCUUGGUUAGUUAUGAAUGAUUUAAUUGCUGCCUGUAAAGUGAUCAGCACUUAGGUGCCUUAGGGAUUUGUGCUAAACCCUAUUGAGCAUUUUUUUUAUCAGUGUCUUGAGAUAUUUUAUGUAAAACACUGUAAAUUUUGAAGUAAUGUGUAAUCAUUUGUUAUUAAAAUCAUAGAUAUGCUUA